AUGGACCUCUGUGACGUUGAUGAGGCUAAUAGCACAGUCACCAAAUGCAACCAUUGUAACCGCAUUUGUCUCACCAACGACGAACACAAAGCCCUCGUAUCGCAAACAGAUGAAAUAAGAGACCUCAAACAACAAUUAAAGUCGCAGACCGAAGCAUUCGAACGACUCCAACUCGACAUUUCGACACUCAACAAAAAAUACGUUGCCGCAAUCGAACGUGUAGCCGAUGUCCAACAUGAGAAAGACCUCGUCGAGCACGAGCUAGAAGAACUCAGCCGCAAGCUAUUUGAGGAAGCCAACGGCAUGGUUGCUACCGAGAAACGAGAAAAAUGGGAACUCGAGAACCAGCUACGCCAAACACAGGAAUAUCUUGUUUCUGAGCAGUCUCAGCUUACAGAACUCAAAGAACGUAUGCAGGCCAUGUUGGUGUCCGAAGACCUCUCACCAGCCCAAAACCAGAACGAUCCUCGAACAAGAGCACAAAAUGAUCUUCAGGAACUGUACGGUGUAAAACGAGCCAGUACAAACCCUACUCUCUAUCGCAAGAACAUUUCUUCCGACCCUACCCAACGUGUUACAUCUAUGCCACCCCUUCAGUCGCAACCUAGAAUACAACGUAUGGUAACAAUAGACGAGUUUCAGCUCAACAAGUUUCAAGAAUACAUCAACUCUAGUCGGUCGGUCUCGGUUAAAAAACUUUCGCAGUUUGCCUAUUUAAAAUAUUGCCAGGCAGAAGAUAUCGAGCCUUGCCUACGGUUCGGACCCCAGUCGCGUCUUUCGGUCAAGAAAAUGAUGGAUUACCUGAUGCGACAACCAUGUUUUAUCGAGCAGAUGCCCUUGGACGACAAUGUGGCACCAAAAUCUACACUUGUAACCCCAAUUUCCAUAACCACUCAACGCCCUCUCUGGGAACGUUUUUCAAAUUCCAAGAUUCUGGAUGGCGGAUGUUCGGCUUGCGGACGAUCGGCCGGUCAGGACUGUGCACUCAAAUAUCGCUUUAAGCUAGAUUCAAGUGAUCCUUGGCUACCAAUUGACGAAUAUUGUAGAGACCGUUUGGUAGCUGUGUGUGAGUUCUAUGUAUUUCUUAGAAAUAUACAACUUGGACUUUAUUCGGAUCGUCCGGUUCAAGACCUGUAUGCUGAAAACAUUAGACUUCGGCUACAGAUGUUCUAUUCUCGUAUGGGUGCAUUACCGGUGAUGCUGGAAGGCAUGGGCAUGUCUCCUGAUACAAUCGGAAAGGCUUCUGUGCCAUUGGAAACCCUGGCUACAAUUCCAGAUGAUGCUUAUACAUCUGAUACUUCAGCGUCGUCUGGCCCUUGUACACCUAUUCGGACUAACCUUAGCAUCCUUUCAUCUGUUGCUUAUCAAAAUGAACCUUGGGCGCUGGAUUCGUCUCAAUCUCAACCUCCUUAA